CUCGGACUUGUCUUCAACCCUCCUUGGACUCAUCUUCAACCUUCCUUGGACUCAUCUUCAACCCGCCUUGGGCUCAUCUUCAACCCGCCUUGGAUCAUCUUGGACUUGAUCAAUCCCGUCUCCAGCUCGCCUUCGACCCGGCCGCUCCUGUCUUGGCCGCUCUCGCCGUCGCCUCCAACCCAAACUCCCCGCCCGCCGCUGUCUCCCGCUUGGGCCUUCAUCGUCCUGCUCCUCCAGCACCACCACCGGCUUUGACCGCCAGCCCGGCCCCCCGCUGGCUCUGCCUCCUCCAGUCUCGUCGAUAUUCGCCACCGCCGUCGACUCUGCGCCCCUCACUCUCGCAACCGCACCGGCUGCCGACCAUGUCGCCAUCGCAUCCGUCCUCCUUCCGCUCGCUUUCCCGGGCCUCCUCGCUCCUGGUCUUUGCCCUCUCGAUUGUUCCGGCCGCUGCCGAGAUCAAGACCCUGACUAGCCCCGGCUCGUGCCUGGCCCUGACCAACACAUCCUAUCACCUCCCCGCUCCCGCCAGCAACUCGACCUCCAUCACCUUGUCCACCUGCUCCAACACAUGCAUCGUCCAGGGCAAGGCUGUCCUGCUGAUCUCCAAGCCGGUGUGCUUCUGCGUCGACGCCACUGACCUGACCUCGUUCUCGGCCGUCAACGAUGCGGAAUGCUCAACGCUGUGCGAUGACCAGGCCCAGUGCGGCAACACCAUCUUCACCCGCUUCAGCGGCUACCAGGUCUUCACCAACGUCGUCAACAUUUCCAUCCCCUCAGCACCGUCGUCGACAUCGGCAGCACCCCGCCCUGUGACAACCAUCAAUGUCUUGCCCGGAUCCGACUCGAGCAAGACCGUCGUGCCGACCUGGCUGAUUGUCGGCGGCUCCGUUGCCGCAGUGCUGUUUUUGUUUGGCGUCGUCUAUCUGAUCCGCCAUCGCUCGCAGCAGCAAAAGCUACAUACCCUGCCCCGCCUCGAAGCCGGCGUCCGCCCCAAGAGAACUCCGGCCGUCGACAAGGUCUACCUCAUCGACAAGUAUCUCCCCGCAACCACCAACAUGAUCUACUCGGUCAUUACACCGUACGAGCCACCCGCAUCCCGCUUUGACGAGAUUGCCAUCCAGCCCGACCAGGUCGUUGUCCUGCACAAGCACUUCAACGACCGCUGGGCCCUGGCCACCAACAUCACCUCGGGACAGGUUGGAUACAUUCCCAUGAACUGCCUCAUCUCGGAUGAGCGCUGGAUCCGGUCCAACUUCCCGAUCCCCUCCCGGGAGGACUCGAUUCUGCACUCCAACACCCACACUCAAGCCAACCGAGGACCGAGUCGUACUGCUUCGCGGAGCAGCAGCCGCGCCGAGCUGGUGCGGUAAACCAUCCCUGGAUAAGGCAUUCAAAAGACCGCUCAUGGGUAUCUGCCCAGCCCUCUCCUCCAUGUCUUGGUUGUCUCCUGCUCCUGCUCCUGCUCUGUGUUUGAUCUCCCGUCCCUCGUCCCCGUCUCUGUCCUUGAUGCUGCUUUCUUCUCCGAGCUCUUGGUGCUUGGGCUGCUGUUGAUUGACUGCCCGUAGCCACGACCCUCCCCCCCUCGUUCGUUGUUGCUCUGCGAUUGCUUUCCUCUAUCUUUUCUGCAGCCAAGGUCUCACAUUUGAGUUUACUCGGUUCCUUGCUCAUAUUGCUGCAUAAACCACCCCCCCCCUUUUGUCUCUUAGAAAUGCAUUCCCACGCGAGCCGCAUGGCCCGAAACACGCUCGCCCGCACUCCCACGCC